GGUGAAGUGGAACUCAACUGGUCUCAUGUACCACAUCUGAUAUAUGAGACCAGACUGCCCUAGGUGAAAUGGGUCUCAACUGGUCUCAUGUUACACAUCUGAUAUAUGAGACCAGACUGUUCUAGCUAAAGUGGGACUCAACUGGUCUCAUGUACCAUAUCUGAUAUAUGAGACCAGACUGUUCUAGCUAAAGUGGGAUUCAACUGGUCUCAUGCACCACAUCUGAUAUAUGAGACCAGACUGUUCUAGGUGAAGUGGGACUCAACUGGUCUAAUGUUUCGCAUAUGAUUUAUGAGACCAGACUGUCCUAGGUGAAGAGGGUCUCAUGUACCACAUCUGAUUUAUGAGACCAGACUGUUCUAGGUGAAGUUGGACUCAACUGGUCUCAUGUUCUGCAUCUGAUAUAUGAGACCAGACUGUCCUAGGUGAAGUGGGACUCAACUGGUCUCCUGUACCACAUCUGAUAUAUGAGACCAGACUGUUCUAGGUGAAGAGGGUCUCAACGGGUCUCAUGUACCACAUCUGAUACAUGAGACCAGACUGUUCUAGAUGAAGAGGGUCUCAACUGGUCUCAUGUACCACAUCUGAUAUAUGAGACCAGACUGUUGUAGGUGAAGAGGGUCUGAACUGGUCUCAUGUACCACAUCUGAUUUAUAUGACCAGACUGUCCUAGGUGAAGUGGGACUCAACUGGUCUCAUGUACCACAUCUGAUAUAUGACACUUAUGUUCAUAGUAUGGAACUGUAGCAGUGCUCUGUAUUAGCCGCUGCCAGACCUUAUGGAAAAAUUUGAAAUUAAUAAAAUUUUCUGAAAUAGCAAAUACUGUUCUUAAAAUGAAUAAUCAUUUUCUUGAAGGUAAAACAUACUCUUAGCAAAUGAUUUCAUAGCUAUACUUUUUGUUAUAUAUUACUUGUAUAUUAUUUAUAAUUUAAUCUUGUUUUUUACAAUCCCUCAUCAUAAGGUGAGGGAGUUUUAUACAAUUUCCAUGUUUUAAUUAUCCCAGGUCACUCUGUAUACUUACAAACAGUGCGAUAAGGGGGAGGGGGGAGUAUCCAUGUACUCUGGGCACAUUUGUACCUCUAACUAUAUUAAUUUAUGUAAUUAUCAUGUAUUUAUUUCAGAUUGCUAAGUACAAUGAAAAAUACAAGUCAAUGAACCUUUUGUGUUUUGGGGUACUGGAUAAAGAUAUACAAGUUACAGGUCCUACAGAGGUAAGGACUAACUUCGCUUUAAAGACUGAAGUUCAGACUGCCUACAAAGAAGCUGUUUUGAAUCACAGCUAUGGUGAGACUGAAGAGGGCACAUCUGAAGACUGUUCAUACAAGGAAUGUCUUGAUAAACAUGUUUUUGAUCUAAAUGUUGACAUGAUGAGAUCAAUAUUGUCAACUGUUGCUGGUCCAUCAAAUUCAUUAUCAAAUAAAAGUGGAAGGCGAAAUUGGUAUCAGGACAGAAAUUGCCCUGCAUGGUGGAGACGUACUGGCAUAGCUUUCCAAUCAGUGAAUCAAAGAGAUGGUAAGAAGCUGGGUACAAAUUCUCUAAUGAAGCUGAUUGAGAGCCUUCAACAACAAUAUGGCAUUGUGCCAGGAUGUCCAAAGUGUGCAAAUAAAACUGGAUACAUUUCAGUUUUUGUGCUGUUAAAAGUAUUGAUGAUGAAAGAAGACAUAAACCAACUUCUUGCUGAAAUGGUUUUAAUGAACCAUAUUUAUAUACCACAUGGACAACAAAAGGUGUGCUGAGUCCAUUGUACAAUUUGUGGGCCUAUGUUUGCUUAUUCUCAAAAGUUGCUCAAUCAUUAAGUCAACUUGUGGAUGUUGACUCAAAAAUGACCUUGAAUUUUCAGGUUUAUUGUGCUUGAAUGAUCUUAUUUUAUAUAUUCAAAGUCUGAAAAUGUAUUUUUGAGUUAUAACC